AUGAAAUUGUUUUCCUCACAGUAUUUAGCUCCGGAGAUGAUCGAGAAAAGGGCCUACGAUAAGACAGUUGACUGGUGGUGUCUGGGCUCCGUGCUCUAUGAGAUAUUGUUUGGACUGCCUCCGUUCUACGACAAAAACAUCUCGAUAAUGUACCACAGCAUAUGCAACGAGCAGCUGGUCCUCCCGACGAACAUCAACAAAAAUAAAUUAUCCAGUUUCCUUCUUGAAAAAGAUCAACGAAUUAGGCUUGGAUCGAAAGACGACUUCAAAGAAAUCAAACGCCACCCAUUUUUCGCCCAGACAGAUUGGAGCAUGGUGGAAAACAAAAUGAUCAAGCCACCAUUUGUUCCCCAUUUGGUCAGUUGGCUGGUCUGUUAG